AUGACUGAGAACGCCGGAAUGUUCCGAACCAAGAGCAGGUGCUCAGGGAUCCUGUCCUGGGUAUGUCUCAUUUCCGUGCUACUUUUCGUCUCCCUGGGCUUACUCCUGCUCCAGUCCAUCAUCCUGGUUCAAGUUGAAGCUCCUCAGAAGCAGAUCCAGGGGGACCAGAAGGUGAUCAACCAGUGGCUUGCCAGGAUGAAUGUCACCAUGGAGACGCUCUGCUGUCAUUGCCCCCAGGACUGGGAGUUCUUCCAGGGAAGCUGCUACUUGUUCUCCAAGUCCCAGAGCAAUUGGAAGACUUCAGAGUCUGCCUGUCAGAGCAUGAACUCCCACCUGGUCAUCGUCAACAGCGCCUCCGAGGAGAAAUUCCUCCAGGCUUGGGAGGUUCGGCAUGGGCAAAGAACUUGGAUCGGACUCAGCGACCUCCAGAAUGAGGGUUCCUGGCAAUGGGUCGACGGGACCCCCCUUGAACUCAGCUUCUGGAAACCAGGAGAACCCAACAACGAUGGCAAUGAGGACUGUGUGGAAUUGUGGAAUGAUGGCUGGAACGACGACAAGUGUGGUAAAGAGAAGAUUUGGAUAUGUGAGAGGCCCGCAGUGUCCUGCUCCAAUCUGUGA